GGGUAUAAACAAAGUUGUCAGCGCUUAUCUCAGAGUCCAAACAUUCUCUGGUCUUCAAUUUUCUAUGCUCAUAAACCUUUCAUAAUGCUCUCUGUUACAAUAUACAUUGACAGGGUUAUCCGACGCCACCACCGGUACCGCUGCCACCACCGGUACCGCCGCCACCAGAAUCCCCGCCGCCGCUGCAGCCGCCACCAGGACCCCCGCUGCCGUCGCCACCGCCGCCACCACGACCCCGGACAGCACGUCCGCCGCCAUGUCAGACAACUCAUCUACCAAACCGCAUCGACGCGGUACAAACGCGGGGCGUUCACGGCGGAUGUGGCAGUGGCGACCAAAUUAUCGCCAGCAAAGGGAGUACUACAGAAAUAUGUUUCUCAUGUUCCGCGACUUGAUGCUGCCAGUCUUUGCGGAGCAAACCCGGCGUCGGGGACGUGGCCGGGGACGUGGCCGGGGUCGUGGUGCCGUCCAGAACCGGGAGCCGGAUGCAUAUGUAUAAUAAAAUCGCAAUUAACGAGUUUAUUGCAAGAGUCGUUGGGUGGUCGGACGAAGACUUCCAUAAUUACAAUGAUAUCAACGGCGAGUGUUAACAUUGAUGAAACGAUGUCAACAUUGGACUACGCUCAUCGCGCGAAGAAUGUCAAAAACCGGCCGGACAUAAAUCAGAAAUUGAGAUAAAGUCAGAUGUCGAAGAUAGAGUUCUUGGAACAAUAUACAGAGGAGAUUUCUUGUUUGUUUA